AUGGCUUUGAAUGUGCGCAACAAGCUCGGAUUUAUUGACAGUAUGAUUCCUAAACUGCCUGAGACUCAUCGUGAUGAUGGAUCUUGGUUAAGAUGCAAUGAUAUGAAGAUAUUGCUAGCUCGUUUCAAGCAAGAUGAUGCUCCUAGGGUGUAUGAGAUUGAGCAACGCCUAGGUAGUAUCCAACAAGGAUCGAUGGAUGUAACAACAUACUACACUGAGUUGAUUAGGAUAUGGAAGGAGUAUAAGAACUACGUGGAGAUCCCACUCUGCACUUGUGGUAAAUGCGAGUGUAAUGCUGCUCAAUCUUGGAGUCUCUGCAGAAACAUCUUGAUGUUGAAACCUCUCCCGAAUAUUGAAGAUGUGUUUAAUCUCAUUACUCAAGAUGAGAGACAAAGAGUUGUGAAGCCAUCUUCGAAGGUUGAUAAUGUGAUCUUUCAGGCUUAUGGACUAUAUGUUCCUUCUACUUUCAUUGGAUCUAUUUGA